AUGGCCACCGUCGAAGAUACCAGCGAUCCCAAUCCCCCCGAUAUACGACCGUUCAGUCGUACACCCCAACCUUCAAAUGAACUCCACAACCCCCCCUCGCGGGCCGUAGACGACGCAACCCAACGCGUCCGCGCUACCGGCCCCUCCACGCGCGCCAGAGCAACCCUCCGCUCCACACGCACCACCGCACUGGCUCUCGCCCCACUGCUGGCACUCAUCGUAUUCGCCACCCUCCCUGUCGCCACCGCGCAGCAUGCACGCCUCGACGAUCCCUUCACGUCGCCACCCGACACGUACAUGCCUGUUUACGGUGGCGGGGCCCGUGCACACGACCGUGAUCGCCCCACACCCAUCUUCAACCUCGUAAAGGGCGCUGCUGGCUGGCUGUUCGCCACCACUGCUAGCGCGUUUGGCUAUGAGCUCGUCCCUGCCACCAGGUCGAGCCACAUGGCCAAGCGUGGCGCCAGCACCGAGCAUAUCGUCGAGGCAGUCAUGAUCCCCGUCCUCGUCGCUCUCUCGGGCAUGUUUGCCGGUCUCACACUGGGCUACUUCUCGGUCGACCCCACCCAGCUCCAUGUGCUCAGUAUCUCGGGUACACCCGCCCAGCAGGAGUACGCUCGCAAGAUUCUUCCCGUUCGUGCCAACUCGCACCUGCUCCUCACGACCCUGGUUCUCGGCAACAUGAUUGUCAACGAGGCACUCCCCGUCAUCACCGAUGGCGUUCUCGGUGGCGGUAUCGUCGCCGUAGUGAUCUCGACUGCUCUUGUUGUCAUCUUUGCCGAGAUUAUUCCCCAGUCCGUCUGUUCCAGACACGGUCUCCUUAUCGGUGCCAAGAUGGCGCCCGUUGUGCGCGUGCUCAUCUGGUUCUUCUUCCCUCUCGGAUGGCCCAUUGCCAAGUUUUUGGAAUGGAUUCUCGGCGCCCACCAUGGUAUCAUCUACCGCCGUGCGGAGCUUCGUGAGCUCAUCAAGAUGCACGCCGCUAGCGGUGAGGGUGGUGGUGAUCUCGACAAUGACACAAUCACCAUGGCCCAGGGCGCACUCGACCUCGGUACCAAGACUGUCAAGGACGCCAUGACGCCCAUUGACGACGUGUUCAUGCUCCCCAUCGACGCCAAGCUCGACUACGAGACUCUUGGCCGUGUCGUCCGCUCCGGUCAUUCACGUAUCCCUGUCUACCAGAUGGUUGAAGUGCCCGACAUUGACCUCACCAAGCCUACGGUGGGCCCCAACAAGACCAAGCUGGUCAAGAAGAUUAUGGGCAGCAUGCUCGUCAAGAGCUGUGUCCUUCUCGACCCCGAGGACGCCACGCCCCUGGCAACCAUCCCCAUCAACGCCAUUCCCAGUGUCCCCUGGAACGAGCCUCUGACCAACAUGCUCAACGCUUUCCAGGAGGGCCGUUCGCACAUGGCCAUUGUCUCGCGCCGUGCUCGCCCUCCUCCCGAUGUUGAAGACGCCGAGUCCGUCAUGACUGCCGCCGCCGGCGGUCUCAAGUCAAAGUUUAUGCGCCACGUCCACACCAUUGGCCACAAGUCGAGCAGCGGCAGCGACUCGGGUAGCACAGACUCGGACAGCGACAGCGACGUCGAGCUUGGCAAGAAGAAGAACCACCGCCGCGUCUUCCAGCGCCGCAAGUCUGUCAGCACUGCCAACUCGUCGCCCACGGAACCCACUGCUGCUGAAAAGGUCAAGGCUGAGACGGAAGAGAAGAAGAAGUCGACACUCCUCAGUGCCGCCAAGCUCAACGACAACGAACAGAACGUCCCCGCCGAUGCCGAGCUCUCCAACAAGCACCUGGAGCAGUUCUUUGAUGGUCUCGAGGGCGCUCCAUUUGGUAUCAUCACCCUCGAGGACGUGCUCGAGGAGCUCAUCGGCGAAGAGAUUUACGACGAGUACGACAAGGAAGGUGGCCCCCCUUCGGCUGCCUCGCAGUUUGUUCCCCGUGAAGCUGCUCUCGCCGCUCGCAAGGCCGCUCUUGAACGCGAAAAGGCCGCGGCGCUCGCUACGGCUGCUGCUACGCCUCUCCCGCCCACGGGCGAUGUUGACGUUGAACAGCCAGCUGUUGCCCCGUCGGCCACUAAGCGCGUCAUGACUGCGAUUCCCAAGAUGCCCAGGUUUAACAUUACCAAGUCGCGCUCGCAACCUGGCCGUCCCCGCGGCGAGCUCCCUGAAAAGACUCUCCCCAUCAAGCGCUCGACCUCGCCUGUCCCUACGCUCAAGAACGAGGAAACUGAUGCGGCUAUAAGCCCCACACCCAUUUCAACUGGGGCCGAUAAGUCGGUCACCAUCGACACUGUGCCCACGACCAUUCCUCCCCGCCUCAACUCGGGUUCCGGCGAGGGCUCCCUCUCGAACCCGGCUUCGUCGACCAACCUCCUUGCCGAGGCGGUCAUGAUUGAGCGUGGUCGCCGUCGCCUCGCAGCCACGGGUUCUGCCCCGCCUGGUCUGCUCCGCGCCUCGAGCACCACGGGGAUUGUUCGCCCCACGCCCCAGCGUACUGGGACCCCGCCGUCUGGAAUCAGCCCCGCCGCUGCCGCUGCUGUAGCCGCACCUGCGGCCGCAGCAUCCGGCCGCCGCACCCCCAUGUUCAAGUCGACGCCACUGUCCAUGUCAUCGUCGUCGUCGUCCCAGGUUGCCUCUGCGCCACCCACAGCCCAACCUGUGUUUGACCUGGGCGCCGACAUUGCUCCGGAGACGGACACCAACGAACCCAAAGAACCCAAGGACGAGCAGCCCAUGUAG